UGCUUCUUGUCCUGCUUUCAGGUGCCUUGGAAAAUAGCUUGACUCCCUCUUCUUUGUGGCAGCUAUAUAUUUUUGCUGGUUUAGUGCAAUUUAAUAAUACAGUGUGCCUUCAACAAAGCGCAUAACAGCUAACCAGUCAAAAACAAUUAUAACAUUAGAAUGCCAAGGAAAGGAAAUACAAAUUUGACACCAGAAAAUUACAGAAACAUCACAAUUUAUAAUUUAUCAAUUUAAAUAAUAAAAUAGCUAAGCCUGCUAAACAUGCAGUCCCGUACCAUUCUUUAAAUGAGAAAGCUCUUUUUCCUUUUUUGUCGGCCACUAGUGUUAAAAUCUCACAUCCAAAAUGUUUUUGUUCAUCACAAAAGUAAUUGAUUAGUGUAAUAUCCUUGUUGUGAUUAUAGCAUGGGCACAUACUAUAGAGAGAUAACUGUCGACCAUUGAUCGAGAACCUUGGCCUAACUCAUUUGGUGAGAAAGUACAAAAUGGUUGAAAUAAGCGGAUAUAAUUGAUUGGUGCACAAAACUCACUAGCAAGCGAAAAAAGAACAAGAGCCAGUAACAUCGCACUUUUGCAGUGCCACUACUGUAUUUCAUAGUACAGAUCUUUCCUUCCUUCCUUCCUUCCUUCCUUCCUGCUAAUGAACUCCUCCUCCUAAAGAUAUUUCCUUAUGUAACAAAUAGACAAAAGGUAUGGUUAUACACUACACCCAUUAAUAGUGUACAUAUAUAUACUCACUAUAUAUGUGUGUGUAUGUGUGUGUUUGUGUUAUGUAAGGGGACAAUUAUGAGAAGUUUUACAUCAAAAUAUAUUUUACUCUUUAUACUGUUUCCAUCUUCCCCUUAAAAUAUUAACAGAGUCCACAAUAGUUUGAUAAUCAGUUUCUCCACUAGAUAAUUGAUAGUCAAGCUUAAACUAAAUUAAUCAAGUAAAAUAGCAAACGGUGAAAUCUCUUUCUUAAACUUCCUCAAACUUCCAAAUAAGUUACUAAGAUCUAAUCCACAUAUUAAAGAAUAGCACAGUUAAUUAAAUUAGGUCUCCCAGAAGAAAUGCAUGUUCACAAUACACAUACACACUUCUCAAGUGUCACCCUAGAAUCAUCAGGAGACACUCCGGAGAAGCUCUCCUUAUAAAAAUCUCCUGAACCUCAAUUCUCUGCAGUCUGCUCCUAAAAGCAAACUGUUUUGCUUUUAGGAAUAAAUAUUUCUUCUUUCCUCACAUCUGUCUGGAGCCCAUUUUUAUUUAUUCUUGCACAGCCCCAGCUUGAGUUGGAACCCCAAAUUAUUCUUCUGACCCUUCCUUCCUUCCCUUUCAAUCUGGGGAAGAAAAUAAUGCCAAACCACUUCCAAAAAUCUUGCCAAGAAACCCACUGGAAGUUUGAAUGUUUGCAUGCAUACAACUCAACACGGGUGCCCAAAUGCAUGCCUGCUUAACAGCCCCCUUCCCCAUAAGUUCCAAGAUACUAAAAUGGUUAAUGUUAAUUGUGGAAGUUCAUACUACUAUGAUUACUGUUAUUUAGGUAGCAUUCUUUUGAAUUGUUUCUAUUUCAUAAUAUUCCAUUUCUCUUGUUGAAGCAAUAACUUGCAAUUGACCCGUCUCUUUAUCUACCAAGUCCCCAAGAUAAACUCUCAUCUUGAGCUUCCUUUGAUCGCAGCAUGCAAAAAUCUAAGGGGCAGGCCAGCUGAAUAGAGCAUAUGUUGUGAACAGAAAAGCCUACGAUUAUUAAGUGAAUGUGUGUGUGGGGGGGGGAAUCCGAAUUAAAUGUCGUGAGUAAAGAAAAGUGUUAGGCUGCUAUUUUCGUUGGGUAUCUACCUCAUGCCCCGAAAGUUCAGGGUGGGCCCGGCCACCUCGACAACGCCCUGCUCUUUCGCCUCCGAGCUAGCCAAGACUUAGCAAAGCUCCCGCGGGCUCUCGGCGAUCCCUUAGGCGGCCCCGACACCCUCACACCCAAAGGUGGGGCGCAGAUAAUUCUCUGAGGCCAAAGAAAAGCGCAACCUGAGGGGGAGCCAGUCCGGUUGCGCCUUUUCUUCUGGGGGUUUCGCGGCGUGAGGGGGCGCGGAAGGCGGUGCCUGAGGCGAGGCUGAGCGGGGCGGGAUUCUUCCCACCCGCCUCAUUUCGCGGCUGCCGCUGCUUGCGGCGCUUGGGCUUCUUUUUUGGGCGAAGCGAGCGGGGAGGAAGCGCUUGCAAGCGUGCCGCCCAGUCUCCGGAGCUGAAGCAUCGGGGAAGAGGGAAAGCCGCCGCGCCUUCCCGCGACCCCUGCCUUCCAUCCGCAGCGCCAAAGAGAAACUCCGAGGUGGGUGUCGGGACUCCCCAGCAAAUGCAAGCCAGCUCUCAAGGGCGAAGGAAGGCAAGGGAUCACUAGAAGACUAGAGUUAAUACUCUCAUUUCUUCAACUGCUCUGGCCCGUUCAUGAAUGUAACAAAUGUAUCAGGAAAUGGCAUUGCUGCCUGGGAAUGCAGACCCCGAAUUUACUGCAUACUCUUAUAACAACUUGGAGACACUUUGUGAUGUGCAGACAAAGAAAGGCGUCUUCUACAAAAAAGCAAAACUUCUCAGUCCUGGGGAAGACUUGUAUUGCUUUGCCUGUAGGGAGGACCAAACCAGGAAUGUGAUAAUCAAUGUAGGUGGCAUAAAAUACAAAAUUCCAUGGACCACAUUAGAGAAUUGUCCCUUGACCAGGCUUGGAAAGUUAAAAUCAUGCAACAACUAUGACGAAAUAAUGGAUAUAUGUGAUGAUUAUGAUGUCAACUGCAAUGAAUUCUUUUUUGACCGCAAUCCUUGUGCCUUCAGGACCAUCAUGACUUUUUUGACCGCUGGGAAGCUAAGGCUCCUCAGGGAAAUGUGCGCGCUCUCUUUCCAAGAUGAACUGGUUUACUGGGGGAUAGAAGAGGAACAUCUGGAAUGGUGCUGUAGAAGAAGAAUACGACAGAAAGAAGAAGAAAUGGCAGAGGCUACCUUAUUUGAAGACGAAGUAGAAGCUAACGAAGCACCCCAAUGUGCCUUCAAGGACAGCGGCCGUUUGCCUUUGUGCAUGAGAAAGCUCAGGGACAUGGUGGAAAAUCCUCAUUCAGGGAUCCCAGGAAAAAUCUUUGCUUAUAUAUCGGUUUCUUUUGUUGUCAUCACUGCAGUUACCCUCUGCAUUAGCACCAUGCCAGAUCUCAGAGAAGAAGAAGAUCGGGGGGAAUGUUCCCAAAAGUGCCAUGACAUCUUUGUGCUAGAAACGGUCUGUGUGGCUUGGUUUUCUUUCGAGUUCCUCUUGCGCUCCAUCCAGGCGGAGAGCAAGUGUGCCUUUCUGAAGACGCCGCUCAACAUUAUAGACAUUUUGGCCAUCUUGCCCUUCUACAUCUCUUUGAUUGUAGACAUGGCUUCUCCCAAAACCAGCGACAAGCCUGGGGGAGGGGGAGUUGGAAACAAGUACCUGGAGAGAGUGGGACUGGUGCUGCGGACUCUGCGAGCCCUUCGCAUCCUCUACGUCAUGCGCCUGGCAAGGCACUCCCUGGGGCUGCAGACACUAGGACUCACUGUGCGCCGCUGCACCCGGGAAUUUGGACUGCUUCUCCUCUUUCUUUGCGUCGCUAUGGCACUCUUUUCGCCCCUUGUCUACUUGGCGGAAAACGAAAUGGGCGCCAAGCAUGAAUUCACCAGUGUUCCAAGCAGUUAUUGGUGGGCUGUGAUAUCCAUGACAACCGUCGGCUAUGGUGACAUGGUGCCUCGCAGCAUUCCAGGGCAGGUUGUGGCCCUAAGCAGUAUCUUGAGUGGCAUCCUGCUGAUGGCUUUUCCUGUCACUUCCAUUUUCCACACCUUCUCGCGCUCAUACAUCGAGCUUAAGGAAGAACAGCAGCGUGCUGCUAAUAGGCAAUUUCACGAACUGGAAGAAAGCAACCACUUUCCAGAAGACAGCAGCUCUCAAGAAGAAGAGUCCUCCUCUUUGCGGGGCAAUAACGGAGCAGCGAUUCCCGUUGAAAUGGAACAAGGGACUAAGUAUUGCUGACGCGAAGGAAAUUAGAAUCUUGGAGAAUAGAAGGAGAAAAAUGGAUGGAGGGGUAUUUAUGUCUUAAAGCAGGAGUCUCCAAACUUGGCAACUUUAAGACUUGUGGACUUCAACUCCCAGAAUUCCCCAGCCAGCAUGGAAGUUGAAGUGCACAAGUCUUAAAGUUGUCAAGUUUGGAGACCCCUAUCUUAAAGUAAACAAACUACUUAGAUCUCUUUUUACAAUCAGAAAGACUGUCUUUUGAGCAACAGCUUACAUGAUCAUAGUGCUGAGAAUUGGUUGGCUUUAAUGUAACAUCCUUUAGAAUUUCAGAGACUCUCCAGCAAUAACGAUGCUGCUAAUUGCGCUUUCAAAGGCAAUUUUCAAACUUGUUUCUGUUGUGUGUAUGUGGGAAGAAAUAACACAGCUAAUGUAUUAUUAAAAGUAUCCAAAGUCAGGUAGUUCUUGUUCCAUUCAUUCGCUAUAGAAGCUGACAGAUUGCCCAGCAAUAGUUUCUCCCUAGCUGUAUCUCUAGUGGAUUCAGGUUGCGGUGUACAUUAUGAAGUAUGCAUAGAGGUUAAAAGGGAAAAUUUGCUAUAUGGGUAGGAAGACAUUUUGAAAUUAAUUGCGAAGCCAAUCUCUGCGUUGCCCAUUAUUUAUUUUUUCCUUCAAUAAAAAGGCCUGCUUUAGUUCUUUAUGCAUUAUUGCUAUUGGCAACAGGAAGUUUUGCACCUUAGCUUAAAUCAGGUGGGCAACUAUGGCCCCUUUACAACCUGUGGACUUCAAAUCCUAGAAUUCCUCAGUCAGCAGGUCAUAAAGGGGCCAUAGUUGUCCACCCCUGGCUUAGAUGGUGUUUCCUUUGUUCAGAUUUAAAUGUGUGUUGCUUUAAAAUGAUUCUAGUUGAAUUUUUUUCCGUAUGCCUGAUCCAUUGGUACUAAAGCCAUGAUAUUUUUAAAAUGGACGAAGACACUUCUGAGGCAUUUAUAGCUGGCUGGCUCCAGUCCUCUUUAAACUAAACAGCAAAAUUGGGCUUUCAUUUUAUUCCAAUAAUUAUCACCUGCAGUGUUAGGUUAAAAAAAAUGGGAAGCUUUUGCUCUUUUCUCAAUAAUAAUAAUAAUAAUAAUAAUAAUAAUAAUAAUGAAAUUAAUGCUAUCAAUAAUAAAAAGAAUUGUAUUGGCCUGGAGUUGAACAUAGGAUAAACCACAGAACAUCCAGUUAAUGUUAGCCCUGGCCGUUGCAAAGAUGCACAAUAAAGGAGGAAGCACAACACAUUUGCACUUCUUAAUUUCUUCUGUUUGCAACAAAAGUUUUGUUCCAUGGGGCAUGUGGGAUUUACAAAAUGUGAGAUAAAAGCUUUUGGUUUGGAUGGAUUUUGACCCUGCAAAUCUUUUCCUCAUAGUUAAAAAUGUCAGAAACAACCGCACAAGGGUCACAAUGAAGCGGUAUGUUUGAAGUAUAUUUUCCUACCGGAAGGCAGGAGCCUUUUACAGUAAUUAGUAAUUGUGAUGACUUCCAAGUCCCGGAUCUAAGCAAAAAUUAAGAGCCUUACCGCUUUUGAAAAUAGAGGGUCUUAGUGCCGAAGGUACUAAUAAGUAAGGCUGAAGUCCACUUACUCUUUCAUUUGUAUUGAUUCUUGGUCCGCAAGAUUGUGAUGACGCUGGGAGUUUAUGCAGUCUUGUUUUGUAUGGCUGAGCUAUA